GCACCCACUGUCUUUGGUUCGUCCUCAGUGCAGGACAACAGGACUUUGGGCUCAAGAUGGUCACAGCAGCUGUGUUGCUACAGUCCUGCCCAGUGCUUUCCCGGGGCCCCACAGGCCUCCUGGGCAAAGUGGCUAAGACUUACCAGUUCCUAUUUGGUACUGGACGCUGUCCCAUCCUGGCCACCCAAGGACCAACCUACUCUCAAAUCCACCUUAAGGCAACCAAGGCUGGAGGAGAUUCUUCAUCUUGGGCCAGAAGCCACUGUCCUUUCAUGCUGUCAGAACUCCAAGAUGGGAAUAGCAAGAUUGUGCAGAAGGCGGCCCCAGAAGUUCAAGAAGAUGUCAAGGCUUUCAAGACAGACCUGCUGAAUUCCUUGGACUCAAGCAUCCCAAGGAAAUCAUUCUCUAGUUCCCAAGAUCCAGAGCAGAUGGAAGGGAAGCUUACACAGCUGGUUCAGAAUAUGAUUGGAAAUGAGGCCUUUGGUUAUGACCAAUUUUUCAAGGACAAGAUCCUGGAGAAGAAACAGGACCAUACCUACCGUGUGUUCAAGACUGUGAAUCGCUGGGCUGAUGCAUACCCCUUUGCCCAACACUUCUCUGAGACAUCUACAGCCCCAAAGGAUGUGUCUGUCUGGUGUAGUAAUGACUAUCUGGGCAUAAGCCGACACCCUCGUGUUCUGCAGGCUAUACACGAGACCCUGCAGCAUCAUGGAGCUGGAGCUGGUGGCACCCGCAACAUCUCAGGUACCAGCAAGUUUCAUGUGGAGCUUGAACAAGAGCUAGCUGAACUACACCAGAAGGACUCAGCCCUGCUCUUCUCCUCCUGUUUUGUGGCCAAUGACUCUACUCUCUUUACACUGGCCAAGCUCCUGCCAGGGUGUGAGAUUUAUUCAGAUGCAGGCAAUCAUGCUUCCAUGAUCCAAGGUAUUCGCAACAGUGGUGUAGCCAAGUUUGUCUUCAGGCACAAUGACCCUGAUCAUCUGAAGAAACUUCUAGAGAAGUCCAACCCUAAGACACCCAAAAUUGUGGCCUUUGAGACUGUUCACUCCAUGGAUGGUGCGAUCUGUCCUCUGGAAGAACUUUGUGAUGUGGCCCACCAGUAUGGGGCCCUGACCUUUGUGGAUGAGGUCCAUGCUGUAGGACUGUAUGGAACCCGGGGUGCCGGGAUUGGGGAGCGUGAUGGAAUUAUGUACAAGCUUGACAUCAUCUCUGGAACUCUUGGCAAGGCCUUUGGCUGUGUGGGCGGCUAUAUUGCCAGCACUCGGGACUUGGUGGACAUGGUCCGCUCCUAUGCUGCAGGCUUCAUCUUCACUACUUCACUGCCCCCCAUGGUGCUCUCUGGAGCUCUAGAAUCUGUACGCCUGCUCAAGGGAGAGGAGGGCCAAGUCCUGAGGCGGGCACACCAGCGCAACGUCAAGCACAUGCGCCAGCUACUAAUGGACAGGGGCCUUCCUGUCAUCCCCUGCCCCAGCCACAUCAUCCCUAUCAGGGUGGGUGAUGCAGCACUCAACAGCAAGAUCUGCGAUCUCUUGCUCUCCAAGCAUAACAUCUAUGUGCAGGCCAUCAACUACCCAACUGUACCUCGGGGUGAGGAGCUGCUGCGCUUGGCACCCUCCCCCCACCACACUCCUCAGAUGAUGGAAAAUUUUGUGGAGAAGCUGUUGCUAACCUGGACUGAGGUGGGGCUGCCCCUCCAGGAUGUGUCUGUGGCUGCCUGCAAUUUCUGUCAACGUCCUGUGCACUUUGAGCUUAUGAGUGAAUGGGAACGAUCCUACUUUGGGAACAUGGGGCCCCAAUAUGUUACCACCUAUGCCUGAAAAGCCAGCUGCCUCGCUCAGAUGCUCACCCCACCUGCACUACACUUGGGGCUGGGCCUCUUCCUGAUCUCUGCUUUGUUGUGUGCUUCUAGCUGAUUUGAUUCUGAAAAUAAAGAGCAAUAUGCAGAGUUUGAGGCCCUUUGUUAGACAAAGAACAGACAAAUGCACUACGCUGACUGGCUUGGGCAAGUAGCCACAGUUUACUUGUUUGAUCUGACCACUAUAUUUUACUGACAAGGAAACCCGGAUUUAGAAAGAGGAAAGAAAUGCUCCCAAACUAUACUGAAAGUUGUACAAAGAGCCAAAACCAUUAGCAGACUUGAAAUGGCUUUCCCAAUGGUUUCAACAAAAAUUUGCAGCUCUAUUCUUCACUGGUAGACCUGGAAGGCUGGGCCCUGGUAGCCUCUAAAAGCAGGAGAUAGAGUAGAUCCUAAGAACAGAGUAAUGGUUUUCCCAAACCAAGAAAUCUUCUAGAAUGUGAAAUGAACAUCUAUGAAGCCACUAUUCUUUUUCCCUCCCAUGGCAUCUUACAAGAUUUACCACCCUUUUUCAAGGUAAAGAAAGAAGCUUGGCUAUAGUAUGCAACAUGUUUAAGGAAAGGCUCCCUAUAGGGACUUAUAACUCUACUGGUUGAAGUAGCAAUCUUCCCUGAGACUGUGGUACCUCAAGUCCAACUCUGAUGGCUGAGACACCCUUUCUUUCCCUUUGGUGACUCAUUUGGUAUAGCUGAGGAACACACUAGUUGGGAAGCUCUUGUUUAAGUCUACACAGCCCAUAUCAUAGCCUCCUUCUUCACUGAUCCUACCUCAGCAGUGCAGACAAUCCCUGAGCUCAGAUUCCUUCAUGGGGAACACCG